AUGGCCUGCGAUGGCGAGGAUCCCUGCGAAAGGUGCAAGGAGGCCGGCCUGGAGUGCGUCUUCGACCACUCCCGGCGGGAGUCCAAGGACGACCUGCGCGCCGAGAUUGAGCGGUUGCGGCGCACCAACGAGCGCAGCGAUGCGCUGCUUGAUGCCCUCUCCUCCAUGGACGACGCCGACACGUACCACAUGGUGGCACAGGGCCUCAUGGACGGCGCCGUCUCGCGCCAGUCCAUCUACAACGACCUGCCCGGCCACCUGAGGCUCGUGGGUAUGCCCGGCGCCGUACCGGCCGCCGUUGUCGCCUCGUCGCUCCGUCGCAACUCACAGCCCGCCUCUUCCGCUGGUGCCUCCAGCACCGAGACCCGGCCGACGACGUGUCCGCAUUGUCGCAGCGCGCUGCCGGCUACGUCGUCGGUCGCCGACAGCGACGAGUGUUCUGGAAGGACCAGCGACCGCCAUCCGUCGGCUGACCCCCAGUCCGAGACCAACUGGCUCACAACCCCCGGCUCCGGUGCCGGUUCUAUCCCCUCGCUGCCGUCUGUAUCCGGGGACGAAAAGCUGCCACCCGCCUCCGUCAACUGGACACGCACCGGGUGGCCCUUGGCCAAGAUCAAGGAGCACCUCGACUCGCUCCUGACGUGGGACUACCUGCCAUUCUGCCUCCUCUGCAAGGACCCCUUUCUGCAGAGCUUCGCGAGCGGGGACGGGCGUUACUGCUCUCCGGCACUUGUCAACUCACUCCUCGCCCUUUCAACACGGAUCGCGCACGUGGACGAGCACCGGCGCCCCCGUUCACAACAGCACCAGCAGGAGCAGCAGGAUCACCUCGUCAACGCCGACGGCGGGUCCCCCACCUCCGGCUGGUCCGACAGUCAGGCAUUGUUCGACGAGGCUGAGGCCCUAGUGAGCAGCCGAGGGCAGCCAGGCAGCCUCCCGGACAUCCAAGCCCUGGGCAUGCUGGCCCUGUAUCAAGUCAGCUGCGGUCGCGAGGCCGAGGCGAGGGAGCUUGCCGAGGCGUUCGCGAGCGCGAUCACGGAAUUGUGCCUCCGCGAACCGCUCCCCACAGACAAGCCAGACAGUCAGUACGCUCUAGUACGCGCGACGACGUACUGCGGGGCCAUCUCGCUCGUCCGGAUACUCAAACUCUUAACAGCCCAGCCUUCUGGAAUGCACACCACGAUGAUGCAGGACGAUGGUGUCGCUCUUGAUCAGCCGCCCUGCGCCUACGGGGCCCACGAGCCACCCGUUCUCUCGGGCGAAUCACGUCAGUGGCACGAGUCCGAGCAGGAUCGCAUGAACCACCGAGCAUGGUGGGCUGACGGCGACGACAUAGGUACACUGGCGGGCGAGCACCGGUCUCAGCUCAGCAGCCUGCAGCUCAUCCCGGCUAAGAUCUUCCAGCUCACCGAAUGGGUGUAUAAGCUUCUCGCGUCGCCUCAAACAGCCGCGGGCGACGAGGUGGUGCUUGUAUACCACCGGUGUCUUGACUGGUACGAGAGCUUCUUCGCGAUGCUCAAAACGGACGGGAGCAACUCGCCGUUUGUGCUAUUCAUCCACAUGUACUAUCAGUUCUGCCUGCUCUCCAUUUGUAGGCCCUAUGUGAGCAUGCCCCUCGAGGGACUCAACGCGCAUCCGCGCGAAAUUUGCUUGCAGACGGCGCAGUCGAUCCUCGGGCUCGCGCAGUCGUACGCCGGCGUCUUCGGUCUGCACCGGGUGUCUCCGCUGGUGCCAUACUUUGUGUGCGCGGCGGGACUGCUGAGCCUCGCUGUCGAAGAGGCCGGACACGGCGUGCUUGGGGCCGUGCCCAUGCCUCAUGGCGUUGACCCCCGCGCGGGGGCCGUGGGCAAGACGGCCAAGUCGCCGGAGGACGCGAUUAAGAAGGAGCCUGGUGACGAUGCGAUGGACGUGGACACGCACCAUCACCCUAGGCCGAGGGGCGACCGGCACGACCGGCGACUGGCCCAGCCAUCCCACGUCAACAUGCCGGCGGUGGCGCACGCGCGGCUUCUGCUAUCCGAGAUGAGCGCCGUGCACCCUGCCGCCACCCUCGCGGAGGUCAUGCUUCACAGGGCACCCGGCAGGAACUAA